AUGCUUCCUAAGGUCGCCAACCAGCUUUUCCACCACACCUCCCGUGCCGUCGUCUCCAUCCAGAACCAGACUGGCCAUACUCUCCGCAAUGUCCUUCAGCUCCAGUCCUCCGGUCCUAGCACCGCAGUCACUGGAUGGGGCUCAUCCGUGUCCGGCGGGAGUGCUCAUAGCGGCCCUGGCCCGUCCAAGUUUCACACUAGCAGUCGGUUGCACACCACUCCCACCGGUUCUCCUUUGUCCGCAACUCAGGUCAGGGAACGCGUAGAGAAGCUCAGCGCCUUCCGCGCUCCUUCCCAGCAUCGUUCACAGAACCUCAUAGGCGAUGCGUCUUCGGACGCAUCCCAGCUCGUGCGUUCUGGGUUUGGUACCUACGCAACCCUCAUUAGCACUCUCACGGACCGCGACUUCGAGAAUCACGAGGCGGUCCGUCGUGCAGAAGCUCGUCUGAAGAGGCGUCGUCGUGCUGCCCUCAACGAGAGCGCCGAGGAAGAGGAACAGCGUAUCGCCAGUCUACGCGGCGAUUCUCACUUCGCGUCUGCCUUCGCUCUCUUCCAGACUGCCGCCGUCAACCCGAACUCCAAGUUUCCGCUGCACAUAUACAACAAACUCCUCCGUUCUUGUGUCAUCCACUCCAACGCGGACGCUGCCUUGACCGUGUACGCCCACCUGGAGAAGCGCUCAGAUAUCGUUCCCGAUGCACAAACCUUCAUCAGCCUGAUCGCUACUUUCGCUAGUAGCAAGGAUGCGCGUGGAGCGGAGAGCAUGUUCGGGAAGUUCAAGGAGGCGUCACGUCUGGACUCCAUCGAGUGGUCUUUCGAUGCCCUGCGCAGCGAUGCGUCCGCACACGUGCCCCUGUACUCUCAGCGCGCUUCUCAGACGGCCGUUUGGAACGAGAUGCUUGCGGCCUACUUCCGGUGCGGGCAGCCCUCGGAUGCGCUUGGCCUCCUAGAGCAAAUGAUGGACACCCCAUCCGGCGAUGUGCUCAAGGCAACGGACGUGCCCCCUCCUUCGUCGUCCACCUUCUCCCGUGCGAUCACUGGCUUCUGCCAGCUUGGCGAUGUUCCGACUGCGCUGUCCUGGUUCGAGCGGAUGGUCCAGCAACAGGACCCGGCGAGCACUGAUCCCUUCGAACCCAUCCACGUCCCUCGUCGUCCCGACCAAGGUGCUUGGACUGUGAUGCUCGACGCGUUGGCUGACGAGGGCAUGGUCGCGGAGCUCAACCGGCUCUUCGUGCGCUGGCUCCAGGUCGCUCCAGAAGAUGGGAUCGCUGUCCUGAGCGACCACCGGGACUCGGUACUCGCGGCCAACCUGCGCUUCAUCGACACGCGCGCGGAUUUGGGAACGGCGAAGGCACUGGAACUCCUAGACUUCCUCUCGGACCAUGUUCUCCCAUGGGACACCAACAACGUUCACUUCACCUUCCAGCGGGAAACUUCCCGUGUCCUCUGCGAGCGGUUGGUUAUGCAGUAUUGGAAACGUCAAUCCCCGGGACAUGCUCUGGACCUAGCGGAACGGAUCGCGUCACGGCAACUUCAAGUUCUCCAUCAAGGUCAGGCCCAGGAGACGUUCGAUUCAUCCAAGACCCAGUGGAGGAUAGAGGGCACGCGUCGCUUCGUUGUCGAUUUGGUCACUAACAUGCUGAAGUCGACGACCUCGAUCUCGCUGACCCACCUUCUCCGGCUCUCGGCCAUGCUCUCGGAUGUCGGCGCCCUGCACUCUGCGUCGUUCAGUGAGGCUUGCUUGAACGCGUAUGCGCUCCAGAGGAACAGUCCGACACUCGCCCUUUCCGCUAGGGAGUGGGAGGCGCUGCUCGAGGUCAUCCUUGCGGGCGACGUCGACUCUGCGGCAUCGCUGAACACUCUGGUCGACGAUCUUCUCCAGCACUCUGUGGACAUCACGCAGUUCAGCGAGCAUGCGAAGGGUCAACUUGUCCGCGGUCUGUCUUCGAGCGACUUGAACUCCGUGCGUCUCCUUGCUCAGCUUGGCGAACCGUUUUCAUCGCGCCUUGCCGAGCUUGAGCAGGUCCAGCAGUCACCUUCUCUCACCUCUGCCAACUCGUUCGAGACACCCUCUUCAUGGGACGAAACCCCUGCCACCCCCGUGUCCUCCGUCAACCCGUACUCCUCUGCCCGGAUCGACAGCGCGCACAGUCACCUCGUUGGAGAGUUCUUCCCUGGUGGUAACCGCUCUGCCGUCCUCACGGCUUACCGGAGAUUCCAGGACGGCUCAGAGAACGGCAUCUACCCCCGGCCUAUCGUCAUCGCUCGCUUGAUCAGUGCUCUCGGCCGCCUGGGCGAGAUGGAAAAAAUCCGGGAGCUCUACAACACUGCGCAGAAUGUCCUGGGCUCGCUGGAGAACCCGAAACAAUGGCAGACGUCGGGCUGGUUCCUUGUCGAGGACCACAUGAUCAUCGGUCUCGCUCACGCCGGCGACGUCGAGGCGGCUCACGUCCACCGACAACGCGUCAUCCAGCAGGGCGGCGUUCCCUCCGCGGACGCGUACGGCGCGCUCAUCCUCAACGUCAAGGACACCACGGACGACACCUCGAACGCCAUGGCGCUCUACCAGGAGUCGCAGGCGUACGGCGUCGUCCCGAACAUCUUCCUGUACAACACGGUCAUCUCCAAGCUCGCGAAGGCGCGCAAGGCAGACUUUGCGCUGCACCUCUUCCAGGACAUGAAGGCGCGCAACGUGCAGCCGACGUCGGUCACGUACGGCGCGGUCAUCGCUGCAUGCUGCCGUGUCGGCGAUGCUGCGUCCGCGGAGCUGUUGUUCCAGGAGAUGACGAGCGAGCCGACGUUCAAGCCCCGUGUUCCCCCGUACAACACGAUGAUGCAGCUGUACACGCACACGAAGCCGGAUCGUGAGCGCGUGUUGCACUACUACAACGCACUCCGGGAGGCCAACGUGCAGCCCACGGCGCACACGUACAAGCUCCUCAUCGACGCAUACGGUUGCAUUGAGCCUAUCGAUAUCCCUGCGAUGGAGAAGACCUUCCUCGAGCUCGUCGCCGACCGCAACGUCUCCGUGCAGGGCACCCACUGGGCGGCGCUCAUCAACGCCUGGGGCUGCGUGCAGAAGGACCUCGACCAGGUGCUCUCCGUCUUCGACUCCAUCGCCACGCACUCCACGACGAACCCCCGCGGCGCACCCAUGCCCGACGCCGUCGUCUACGAGGCGCUCAUCAACUCGCUCGUUACGCUUCGCCGCAUGGACCUCGCGCCGGAGUACCUCGAGCGCUUCCAGGCGAGCGGCGUGCACAUGACGGCGUACAUUGCGAACCUGCUCAUCAAGGGAUAUGCGUCCGCGGGCGAGAUCGAGCGCUCCCGGGAGAUUUUCGAGUCCCUCCAGGACCCCCAGGAGGGCGUCGCAGCCCCGCACAACCACGCACCCCAUCAAAACAAGCCGCACCCUACUUCCCCGGUUCCCGCCAACGCUCCUGUAUUCCGCGAACCUUCAACAUGGGAAGCCAUGGUCCGCGCCGAGCUCGGUAACGGCGAACGCGACCGCGCAGUCGCUCUUCUGCAGCGGUUACAAGCCCGUAUGUUCCCUCCUGCCGUCUACCAGCGGAUCAGCGGGAUCAUGCUCGACGAGUCCGUCUCCCCCUGGGCGUCGACGGACGCUGCCGCGCCCCCGAGCCCCAGCCUCCCAUGA